UCUCAAUCACAGCCUCAAAACCCUCAGAUUAGUUUCCUUCUCUCGUGUCAAAUUAGUUCCCUACUAACUUUCCUCUCCGUUUGAUCGGUUAGCCAUGGCCGAAUCAGCGUCGAAGGUCAUUCACAUCCGGAAUGUGCCAUCUGAAGCCACUGAGGUCGACGUGCAGCAGCUGGCGCAGAACUUCGGUCCGGUACAGAGGGUUGUCGUCAUGAGAGCCAAGAAUCAGGCCCUCAUUGAGAUGCAGGACAUUGCUGCUGCGAUCAACAUGAUUCAGUUCUACACUGGCGUGCAGGCCUCCAUCAAGGGAGGAAUGUGUACUGCCAGUUCUCCUCUCAUCAGGUCCUCACGCCUAACGAGAACCCGGCCAGGACGCACCAGGAGGUCUGCAGGCGCUGGUGCAGUACAACAACCAGGCGAGCUCCAUCCAGGCCAAGAACAACCUGCAGGGCCGCAACAUCUACGACGGCUGCUGCACGCUCGACAUCCAGUUCUCCAAUCUGAGCGAGCUGCAGGUGCAUACAACAACGAGCGCACCAGGGACUACGUCAACCAACUCCCGGACCAGCCGGGAAGGCGCCCGGAAACAUCAUGCAGCAAUCUCUGUUCGGCGAGGGUGGGAACGUGUAUGGCGGCAUUCCUGGGCAACGGCCCGGGGUGUUCCCCGGACAGAUGGGGCAGAUGGGUCAGAUGGGGCAAAUGGGCCAGAUGGGCCAACCUGGCAUGCCCCAGCCUGGCAUGGGCGGGCUUAAUGCGUAUGGGGGCGCGACUAUGGCUGCAGCAGCUGCGGCACAGAUGUUUGGAGGCAACCUGCCGCCUGGCGUGACAGGAACCAACGACCGCUGCACGCUGCUCAUCUCUAACAUCAACCACGAGGUGGUUGACGCGGACAAGCUGUUCAACCUGGUGUCCAACUACGGCAACGUGCUGCGCAUCAAGUUCCUCCACAACAAGCCCGACCACGCCCUCGUGCAGCUCGCCGACGGGCUGCAGGGGAGCUUGCCGUGACGUACCUCAAGGGUGCCACGGUGUUUGGCAAGCGGCUGGAGGUGAAUUACUCCAAGUACCCGUCCAUCAACCCCUCGGCCGACACCAAGGACUACUCCACCUCCAACCUCAACCGCUUUGGCCGCAACGCGCCCAAGAACUACCGGCACUGCUGCGCGCCCACGCGCAUGCUGCACUGCAGCAACCUGCCUGCCGACGCCUCCGCCGAGAUGGUUGUGGAGCACAUGGCCCCGCAUGGGCCCGUGCUGGGGUCUAAGGUGAUUGAUAAGGACGGCAAGAAGCAGGUGCUGGUGCUGUUUGAGAGCGUUGAGGCGGCGACUGAUGCUCUCGUGGCGAAGCAUGCGAGCGCGAUUGGGGGACAGGUUAUCCGGCUGGCCUUUUCCAAGAGCCAGAAUCUCUAGAUUAAGGGAGGGGUUUGUACCCAUCAAUGGCACUCACAAACAUGAGUUACCCAUUGAUGGGUAACUCAUGUUUGUGGAGCAGAUGCCACCGCACGGGCUGGUGUUGGUGCCAAAGGUGAUUGAUAAGGACUGCAAGCAGGUGCUGGUGCUGUUGGAGAGCGUUGUGGCGGCCAUGGAUAUGCCUGAGGCGAAGCAUGCGAGGGCGAUUUGGCUUUAAAAGCGUUUUUAAGAGCCAGAACCUGUACGGUAGAGUGGGUGUUGAGGCGAAAGCUAGCAACAGGGGUGGCAGUCCUUCCGCCCUGAAAUGCUUUUUGAUAGGAUGUGUGGUUUUUGCCCUGAUUUGAUCUGACAGAUGAAAGACAGAAUAUU